UUGUUCAAGCAUUCUGGAGAAGUCCCCCGGAAUUUGGGUGAUGUUGCCGGGGAAGGUGGCAGGAGUUUGGCGACAAUAGGGGUGCUGCUUCCGGAGCUUCUCCCGAGGUCCACUGCUGUUGGAAGGAUGAUAAAGACAUCCGUUGACGUCGGGAAAAGGGGAAGGCAAACAGCCGGACGGCCGGUAGAGCCUCCACCACCUCCGUUGCUGCUAGCCUUUGCUGGGUUGCCGGAUCAGCAUUUCAAUGAUAUCGUCGGAGGGUUGGCGUAGACAGCGGUCGUGGGUUCACUGCGGGCCGCGGCUGGGAGAUCGAUUGCUGCCGCGAGACAAGCGGCUGGGAGAUAGAUUGCGUCCGCGAGACUAAAAGGA